CUUACAUUUUCAGUACCCGGAGAACCUGGGGUAGACGGACGAAAUGGCGAAAAUGACAGCACACUGACGCGACACUAUUCGGACGCGUGCGCUGUCUGCCCAGCUGGACCACCUGGAAUUCGAGGACCACAAGGAGCCGACGGUGAACCUGGCGCUCGAGGUCUUCCUGGCCGACCAGGAAUGAGUGGCCGUCCUGGUGUUCCCGGACCCAAAGGUCCUACCGGAGAUCCUGGACAACAAGGACCAGCUGGACCACCUGGACCACCAGGAAUCCCUGGAGGAUCAGGGGUAUCUUAUUCACGGGUUCCUGGUCCACCUGGUGCACCAGGAAUGGAAGGACCGAUGGGACCUAUUGGACCACCUGGAUAUCCUGGAGAACCUGGUGAACCCGGUGAUCCGGGACCAAUGGGGCUUCCAGGAUUAGAUGGUGUUCCGGGAGCCCAUGGCAUAUCAGGACUAACUGGGCCACGAGGUCCGCGUGGAGAUGAUGGAGAGUACUGUCCGUGUGUGUCAAAGGAUAAACGAAGUAAUGCUAACCUGAAACUAAUAGCGCACUAUGAAAAACUGAAUAAAUAA